AUGGAACUUCCCUCAAAUCUAUCAACAGAUGAGGCAAGUCCAGAAUGGAUGAACAAAGGUGACAACGCGUGGCAGCUCACGGCUGCCACCUUAGUCGGGCUCCAGUGUGUGCCCGGCUUGGUCAUCCUUUAUGGUGGGAUGGUAAAGAAAAAAUGGGCAAUCAAUUCAGCAUUCAUGGCACUCUAUGCCUUUGCUUCUGUUCUCAUAUGUUGGGUAGGAUGGGGCUACCGGAUGUCAUUUGGUGACAAGCUUGUGGCCUUUUGGGGAAAACCGGCUGUCGCCAUGGACGAGAAGUACCUUCUUGGACAAGCAUUCUUGGGGUACUUUCCUACAGCAAGUAUGGUGUUUUUUCAAUUCGUUUUCGCGGCGAUUACGCCAAUCUUGGUCGCUGGGGCGCUUCUUGGGAGGAUGAAUUUUAUAGCUUGGAUGUUGUUCGUGCCUUUGUGGCAUACUUUUUCGUAUACCAUUGGGGCAUUUAGCAUUUGGUGUCCAGAAGGGUGGCUGUCCAAGCUAGGAGUGAUUGAUUUUGCAGGAGGAUAUGUUAUUCAUCUUUCUUCUGGUGUAGCUGGUUUCACGGCGGCUUAUUGGGUAGGGCCAAGACUGGACAAAGACAGAGAGAGGUUUCCACCAAACAACAUUCUGAUGAUGCUGGCCGGCGCUGGCCUUUUGUGGAUGGGUUGGACUGGGUUCAAUGGUGGAGCACCUUAUACCGCCAGCACCGACGCCUCGCUAGCCGUAUUGAAUACACAUGUCUGCACUGCCACCAGCCUCCUUACUUGGUUAGUCCUAGACAUGUCUGUCUUUGGCAAACCCUCUGUGAUCGGAGCUGUUAAUGGCAUGAUCACUGGCCUUGUUUGCAUCACUCCUGGUGCAGGAGUUGUUCAAUGUUGGGCGGCCAUCCUGAUGGGCUUAACUUCGGGAAGUGUACCGUGGUACACAAUGACAGUCCUUCACAAGAAGAUCAAGUUCCUAAGGCAUGUCGAUGAUACUUUUGCCGUCUUUCAUACCCAUGCCCUAGCUGGAAUUUUAGGAGGUAUUCUCACUGGUUUUUUCGCUGUGCCAAAGCUCUGUCGGCUAUUUUACCUUGUACCUGAAUGGGAAAGGUAUAUUGGCCUAGCCUACGGUCUGCAGACGGGCAGGACUUCAGCUGGGCUACGGCAAAUGGGAGCUCAACUAGCUGGAAUCGGAUUUAUCGUAUGUUUAAAUAUUGUCAUGACAAGCUUGGUCUGCUUGUUCAUCAAGUUGAUUGUGCCCCUUAGGUUGGAGGAAGAGGUGCUGAAAAUUGGAGAUGACGCUAUUCAUGGAGAGGAAGCAUAUGCAAUCUGGGAUGAUGAAGAGAAGUAUGAGAAUACCCAGGUGAAUUCUGCAUAUGAUGCUGAUGAGUAUCCAUCAGUUGUUUCAAAGACUGUGAGUGAAUUCCAAAUGGUAUGAAGUGCUCUCUAUGGCUAGGUUGCAAGGUUGCAGUAUAGUUUGCUGCUAGCCUGAGUAGAACUUCUAAGUCUUCUUUCAUCCAAUAUGUUGUAAA